AUGUACACAGAGGCCAAUGAAACCACGUCAAAUGGAAUCGCAAAGGUAUUUUCCACCAGCAGGCACUACAGUCAAUUAAUCAAAAAAGGCCAACCUAAUGUUUACUUGUUGAACGCCAAGGAAACAUCCGUUGGUGAGGAUUUCCGUUGUUUCGACAUCGGACAGCCGGAAGGUACACCGCCGUUGUUCGGUAUGCGAAAUCACAAAGUAAUCAUUUUGAUGGGCGCCACUGGAUGCGGCAAGAGCACGCUCAUCAAUGGAAUGGUCAACUACAUCCUCGGCGUAAAAUGGGACGAUCCUUUCCGCUUCAAAUGUGUCCGUGAAACGACCGCCAGGAAUCAAGCGCACAGUCAAACGAGUACAGUAACGGCCUACAGUCUUCGCCACCAUGAUGAGAUGGCCGUUCCUUAUUCUAUCACGAUCAUCGACACGCCCGGAUAUGGGCACAUAACAGAAAACAAAAGAGAUAGAGAGACUACGCGCAAAAUUCAGGAGUUUCUGACUCAACAGGAGACUCGUGUCGACGAAAUUCACGCAGUAUGUUUUGUGGCCCCUUCGGGAAACGGCCGAUUAACGGCUUCACAGCGUCAUGUUAUAGAUUCCGUGCUGUCCGUUUUCAGUAAAGACGUCAAGGAGAACAUUCGCCUGUUGGUGACAUUCGCAGACAAUGCCCAUCCUCCCGUAGUUGAGGCCUGCCUGGCUGCCAACUUUCCUGUUACAUCCGCGUCGGCCGGAAUCACGUUCAGCAAAUUUAACUGUUCCGUCCUCUACGAGUCAAAUCAGCAACGUGAAGAGGACGGCCCUUGUUUCGACGAAUUAUUCUGGGAUAUGAGCCAAGAGCAUUUUCACAAAUUUUUCACCAUGUUGGACGGAAUGAACGGCAAGGACUUGAAAUCAACUCGCAACGUCAUCCAGAGUCGCAGACUGCUGGAACAGUCGUUGAAAGACAUCGAACAAGAGCUGGAAGUCUGUUUGGUCAAAAUCGAAAAUAUGGAAAUAUUUAAAAGGGAAAUAAGGGAGUACAGGCACAAAAUGGAGACUAAUACAAAUUUCACCUUUGAAAAGACGGAAAUGCGCCUCAUUGAGAUGUUAUGCGAAAAAGGAUACUUUGCUUACAACUGUCGACGUUGCGGGAAGACUUGCGAAAAGCCUAACAAACUAAAAUAUUCAGAAAGGCUGCAAAAAAGAAAAUGCGAGUUGUGCACUUGCCCGGAUUCAGAACACGAAUACCAGACAUUCGAAUGGCGUCUGACUCCAGUAAAGAUUACAACGACUCUGAAGGAUAUGAAAGCCGAAUACGAAUCGAAUUACGAUAGGAAAGUCUUUGUUGAGCAACUUCUCGCUGACAACUUGGAAGAAUUGAAUAAAGCGAAAGCCAAAGUAUUUAGUUUGCUGGAACAGGUGGGCAUCAAUGCCCAUUCACUGGAAUCGACAGUUCUUCAAUCAAAUGCACUCACUCCGUCCGACUUCCUUAGUCUGAUGAGAAGCCGUGUCUCCGAGGAACAAGCGCCCGGUUACCUGACACGAUUAGAAACAUUGACGGAACUGCAGAAUUGUUUGGCGGCCGAUGCAUCAGCCUCUGCGUUGCAUAAGACGGUACGUAGUUUCCCUGUCACGCAGACGCACCGAACAUCGAACACUGGUGGAGCAUCUCACAGAGGAAAUUAUGGGUCGAAAACAUGUCAACAUUCUCAACACGGCACCGUUGACGACUUUCGGAUAACUAGUACAAAUUCCGCUGCUGGUGCUUCCAAUUAUUCCUCUGGCUAUUAUACGAGAGUUGCUAGUGGCCCUAGCCACAACCAGUAUAAUAAUCAAUCGGCUAUGACAAGACGAGGAACUUCGGAUAGUAAAGAGGGCUACUCUUUCGAUGAUAACAAAGACAAAAAAGGUUUCGUUGCAGCUGUCAAGGGUUUUCUUUUUAACACGUGA